AUGUCCGCCAGGGACGACGCCGCCGGCCAAGACAACAUGGCGGCGGCCGAGGGGGCGUCGGCAGUGGUGUUCGUGGGCAGCUCGCGGCGGCGGUACGUCAUCAGCGCCAGGCACCUCCGCCACCCGCUGAUCGCCGCGCUCAUCGACGACGACGCCGGCGAUGGCGACAUGAGGAAUAGCAAGGAGCCGGUGGCCGUGAGGUGCGAGGUCGUGCUGUUCGACCACCUGCUCUGGAUGCUUGACAACGCCGUUGACCUCCGCGCGGGCGCCGGCGGCGAGGACGACGCCGUCAGGGAGCUGGCCCAGCUCUACGCCACGUGCUAG